UUAUAGAACCGGAAGUUUACGACAAGACAGACAUACGAGCUCUCGCUACAUCAAGAUGGAUGAAGAAGAACUCAAUAAACUUGAGUAUUUGUCACUAGUAUCGAAAGUAUGUACAGAACUGGAAAACCACUUGGGAAUUAACGAUAAAGAUCUGGCUGAGUUUGUGAUCCAUUUAGCAGAGGAAAAUGAUACCUUUGAGAAAUUCAAGAAAACGCUGGAAGAAAAAGAUGCCCAGUUUUCUGAUUCUCUCAUUGCCAAUCUGCUGCGACUGAUCAAGAAAAUGAAACCCAAACCAAAAGACUCUAUCAAUGAGAGGCUUUCUGAGCCAUCUUGGGAUGAAAGAGAGAAAGAAGAAGAAGAAAAGAAAAGCAAGCUCGAAAUUAACAAGCAGCUGUUCCCAGCUUUGGCUAUGGCAAAUGAUCCCAGGAUUAGAAUGAUGUUAGAUUCUGAUGAUGAAGAGUAUCAUCUUACUGAGAUUACUAGUGGAAAGGAAAACAAAGGCACAGAGGAAAAAGUUCAGCUUCCAGUAAUCAAAGGUGAAGAUGCGCAAGUAGCUGACCAAAUGAUGGAUGAAUUGGAAGCACUUCUGUCUAGUGCAAAACAAGAAAGUCAGAAAAAAAGCCAUGGGCAUGAGAAGAAAUCCCGCAGGAGCAGGAGUCGUGAUCGAGUGAAAGAAAAGAAAAAGAGACAUCACUCUCGAAGUAGAUCCAGAAGUAGACGGCGAUCUCGAAGUCGAUCGAGGUCCAGGAAUCAAGAUCGCAAAAAGCGUAGGCACAGUCGCUCCCGCAGCAGAGACAGAGACCACAAACGGGAUAGAGACCACAAGAGAGAUCAUGAAAGGACUAGAGACAGUGAUCGUGACAAGGAAUCUCGGCAGAAACUGAGGGAUCGUGAAGUUCAGGAUGGAGAGAGACUCAAAAAGCAGGAACAAUACAAUGAUAUCCCUCUGGAGCCUCUUGUAGGACAUAUAUAUGCAGGGAAAGUCACCACCAUCAUGCAGUUUGGCUGUUUUGUACAGCUUGAAGGACUUCGUAAACGAUGGGAGGGACUGGUACAUGUUUCCCAGCUCCGGCGAGAAGGAAGAGUGACAAAUGUCAGUGAUGUGGUCACAAGAGGUCAGAAAGUCAUGGUUAAAGUGUUAUCAUUUACAGGCCAGAAGACCAGCUUAUCAAUGAAGGAUGUCGAUCAAGAUUCAGGUGAAGAUUUGAACCCUCAGCUGACACGCAGUAUUGUUGGUGGGGAGGUAAAGAAUGACGAGUCAGAUGCCAGGAACCCUGACCGCCCAUCAACACUACCAUUGGUGAAUGCCCCAGAAGUCGAUGAUUCAGGAGAAGUGCGAACAUUCAAGCGCAUUUCUUCACCAGAACGGUGGGAGCUGAAACAAAUGAUGGCUGCCAAAGCCAUCGAAAUCACAGAGCUGCCAGACUUUGAUGAUGAGACUGGACUCCUUCCCAAGCAAGAUGACUCAGAUGAAGAUAUUGAGGUGGAAAUUGUGGAGGAGGAACCACCUUUUCUUUCUGGUCAUGGUCGACACUGGGUGGACCUCAGUCCUGUGAAAAUUGUAAAAAAUCCUGAUGGGUCUUUGGCUCAAUCAGCCAUGAUGCAGAGUGCCCUGCAAAAGGAAAGACGAGAACUGAAACGCCAGAGAGAGGCUGAGGCAGGUGCUGUGCCUGCAGGAAUCAACACCAACUGGAUUGAUCCUAUGCCUGAUGCUGACAGCAGAAAGUUGGCAGCAAACUUAAGAGGUAUCGGCAUGACGCCACAUGAACUGCCAGAAUGGAAGAGACACAUCACUGGUGGGCCCAAGGCUUCUUAUGGAAAAAGGGAGAAAAAGUCCAUUCUUGAGCAAAGACAAAGUCUUCCAAUAUUUAAACUCAAAGAAGAGUUGUUGAAGGCUGUACAUGACAACCAGAUCCUCAUUGUCAUUGGCGAGACUGGUUCAGGGAAGACAACUCAGAUCACGCAAUAUUUGGCAGAGAGUGGCUAUACUACUCGUGGAAAGAUUGGCUACCAGCCACGUCGAGUAGCUGCCAUGUCUGUGGCAAAGAGGGUGUCAGAAGAGUUUGGUUGCAGAUUAGGUCAAGAGGUUGGGUACACAAUCCGUUUUGAAGACUGUACAAGUCCUGAGACAAAGAUCAAAUACAUGACAGAUGGUAUGCUGCUUCGAGAGUGUCUUAUUGAUCCAGACCUUCUUCAGUAUAGUGUCGUCAUGUUGGACGAGGCUCACGAGCGAACUAUACAUACUGAUGUUCUGUUUGGUCUUCUUAAGCAGGCUGUGAAAAAACGCAAAGAGCUGAAACUGAUUGUCACCUCUGCCACCCUGGAUGCCAUCAAAUUCUCUCAAUACUUCUUUGAGGCACCAAUCUUCACCAUUCCUGGGCGGACAUACCCAGUAGAGAUUCUGUAUACUAAAGAAGCAGAGACUGACUACCUUGAUGCAUCAAUGAUUACUGUGAUGCAGAUCCACCUGACAGAGCCACCAGGUGAUGUGCUGCUGUUUCUCACUGGUCAAGAAGAGAUUGACUCUGCAUGUGAAAUUUUGUAUGAACGGAUGAAGGCCCUGGGUCCAGAAGUCCCGGACCUUAUUAUUCUUCCUGUGUAUUCAGCCCUGCCUUCAGAGAUGCAGACAAGAAUCUUUGAGCCAGCACCACCAGGAUCAAGGAAGGUUAUAAUUGCCACAAACAUAGCUGAGACAUCAUUGACCAUAGAUGGCAUUUACUAUGUGGUAGACCCAGGAUUUGUCAAGCAAAAUGUGUACAACUCCAAGACUGGCAUGGACCAGCUGAUCGUCACACCAAUUUCACAGGCACAAGCCAAGCAGAGAGCUGGUCGUGCUGGCCGAACAGGGCCAGGAAAAUGUUACCGGCUCUACACCGAGCGUGCUUAUCGGGAUGAGAUGCUUCCAACGAAUGUUCCCGAAAUCCAGCGCACCAAUCUUGCUAGCACUGUGUUGUCGCUCAAAGCGAUGGGCAUCAAUGAUCUUCUCUCUUUUGAUUUUAUGGAUGCACCACCAAUGCAGACGUUGAUUUCUGCAAUGGAACAGUUACAUGCACUCAGUGCCCUGGAUGAUGAAGGGCUGCUCACACGCCUUGGUCGACGGGUAAAUGCAGAGUUCCCACUGGAGCCUAUGCUGUCUAAGAUGCUGAUCAUGUCUGUACACCUAUCAUGCAGUGAUGAAAUCCUGACCAUUGUCUCCAUGCUGUCAGUUCAAAAUGUCUUCUACAGACCCAAGGAUAAACAAGCAUUGGCUGAUCAAAAGAAGGCCAAAUUUCACCAGCCUGAAGGGGACCAUUUGACUCUUUUGUCAGUGUACAAUUCGUGGAAGAACAACAAAUUUUCAUCACCAUGGUGUUAUGAAAACUUUGUUCAAAUUCGAACCCUUAAGCGAGCACAAGAUGUGCGCAAACAAAUGUUGGGCAUUAUGGACAGGCACAAGCUAGAUGUGGUGUCAUCAGGCAAGAACACAGCAAGGGUUCAAAAAGCCAUCUGCAGUGGUUUCUUCCGUAAUGCUGCCAAGAAGGACCCACAGGAAGGAUAUCGCACUAUCGUUGAUUCCCAGGUUGUCUAUAUUCAUCCUUCAAGUGCUCUGUUCAACAGACAGCCAGACUGGGUAAUAUACCAUGAAUUGGUGAUGACCACUAAGGAAUACAUGCGAGAAGUGACAGCUAUAGACCCCAAGUGGCUUGUGGAAUUUGCACCAAAGUUUUUUAAAUUCUCAGACCCUACCCGCCUCAGCAAGCAGAAAAGCAGCAGAAGAUUGAGCCAUUGUUAUAACAAGUAUGAGCCCAAUGCUUGGAGGAUCUCCAGAGCUUUCAGGAAGUUCCACACCAAAGUAACAUUCUGA